GACAUGAAAGACACAAAACACAAAAGUACAAAGGAGGAUUACAUAUGGGGUUUUCUAAAGGAUGUUGUAGAUUGCAUAUAUUCACACAAAGUAAAGCCACAGAGAUCAGGAAGUGUUCUGUCACUCUGGUGCUGAUUGUGCAGGCUGCUGCUGUCUGUGUUCACUCUUACUGCUGCUCCAAGUAUGUUAGCAGUUUGAUUGCUGUCCAACACACCUGCUGAAAAUCUGCCCCUUCCUGGACAUACACAUGGACACAGACAUUCAGAGGCACUAUGGGCUCCAGACUAAAACAAAAUCCGGAGAGAACAUUUGACUGGUUUUUUGAAGCAUCUUGCCCUGUAUCUAGAGAUAAAGAUCCUGGUGUUUUGUUUCAGUUUCCAGAAGACUUUAGUGAUGAGGACUCGUGUAAAACAUUACCUAGAUUCUGCUUUCCGUACGACAUCCAGAGAGUGAGAGAUGGCGUGGCUGUCCAGCAUUUUACUUUUGUACUGACUGACCUUGAGGCAUGCCAGCGUUUUGGCUUUUGUCGUCUCACCAACAGCACACAGAUCUGCCUUUGCAUAAUCAGUUAUCUUCCCUGGUUUGAAGUGUUUUACAAACUUCUCAACAACUUGGCUGACUACCUUACAAAAGGCCAGACCUCAGAUAUGAAAUCACUCCUGGCUGCUCUCUACAAGCAGCCCGUACCACUGGCUGCUGGAUCCCUCAUUCUGCAGAUGGUUCCAUUCUUCAUUGCUCCAGACCCCAGGAGUCUCCCUUCCAUCCCAGAGAAUAGGAAUUUAACAGAGCUGAUUGUAGCAGUUGAUGUGGGGAACCUGCUGCAACUCUAUGCCAGCAUGCUGUUUGAAAGGCGAAUCCUCGUCUUUGCCACCAAACUCAGCACUUUAACUUCCUGUGUGCAUGCGCUCAGUGCUGUGUUGUACCCCAUGUACUGGCAACAUAUCUUCAUCCCUGUCCUGCCUCCCCACCUAUUGGACUACUGCUGCGCACCUAUGCCUUAUCUAAUUGGAGUCCACACCAGUCUAUCUGAGAGGGUGAGGAGUCGAGGGUUGGAGGACAUUGUAAUUUUGAAUGUGGACACAAAUACUUUGGAAACACCCUUUGAUGACUUCAAGAUGAUUCCUUCAGAAGUGAUGUCUGGGCUGAAGAUGUGUUUGAAGCGUCAGGCGGUGUCUCCUGGCUGUGGUGUCUCCAAGGCUUUUAUGAAAGUUCAGGCUCUGUUAUUUGGAGGCUACAGAGAUGCACUGCAGGUUCACGAGGAUGGUGGGAUGUGGUUCAGUGAGGAGCUGUUUUUAGAUCAUAAGUCACCCAGUAUGAGACAGUUUCUUCAAAGAGCUGUUCAUUUACAGUUCUUCAAACAGUUCAUCGAUGGCCGUCUAGAUAUUCUGAAUAAAGGAAUGGAACCAGAUGACCUGUUUGAGGAAGAGAUUCUGAAGUGUGAAACAAGAGAAGGAACAAGCAGAUCUUAUCAGCAGUUAAUCAGUAAUUUGAAGAAAGGGGGAGGAGACAUGAUUGUCAACAUGAAGUCUAAAGCAAACAUGAGGGUCAAAGGUCUCACCAAGUCGAGUUUGAAAAAUCUGCUGAUGCAUAAGACCCACACCGCAGAGUGCAGUCUACAGAGAGGCAGGUCGGUGGCACACCGCUGUGCUCAGUCUGACUGCCUGCAGAACCGCCUGCCAAUCACACAGCACUUUGGAACGUCACGCCCACGUCGGCCUGUUAACAACCUCAAAAUAUCCAAGGAGGAAAACCUGAAGGAGGGUGGAGAUACAUGGGAUGGAGCUGCGUCUGGGCCUGUGACUGGGCUCGACUCUGAGCUCCAGGAGGACAGAGAGCAGGAGGAAGAUUUACUGAUGUGUGACUCAGAGGAGAUGGAUCUCCUUGGAGAAAUCUUUGACACACUCAGUAGCCGCAGCUCUCGUGACUGCGGUGUCCUUUAUGGCACACGCAGCCUGGAUCUGUUUGGACCCAACAGCCAUAACUAUAUCACAAAGUAUGGGCCAGCCAAUCCCAGCCAGGAGAGUCUUUGUCUCUCAGACAGCCUGCACAGCUGGAACCUGGAGGAAGGCAUUCAAAGCACAGAAGAAAUGUUUCUGGCAGAUGAUUCUGAUUGGCCAUGCAUUGACACAAAUGUAGCAGAUGAGGAGGGGUCAAAGUGUAGAAUAAUUGAAAAAGUGAGGCGGGAGGAGCUGAGUGAAAAUAAAGGUAAAGUAGAGGUAACGAUAAACCAAGAAAAGAUAGAUGGCGAUAGCUCAGUGGAAGUGAGUUUACACACAGAGAAAAGUGAAGAUGGUCAACAAAACAUUGAGGGUUUUGGAGAAGAACCUGUGGAAAAAAGGGAUGAAAAACAAGACAAUGAGUUGAAAGAAAAGUGGAAAGAUGGGACACCUCACAGUGAGGAUAUACAUGGACACAAAAUGGGAAGUGCAGGACAUGGAGAGCAGAAAAUCUUUAGAAGGGCAGAGGAAGAGAAAAACAAUCCCCAGUGUGACUAUAAUGUCAGUGCUGCUGAGGAGCAAGUAACCAUUCCAGUUAGCACUGAUACUUCUGAGACUCAGGUCUUUACUGCCAAGUGUGAUCUUCAAGAUAAAGAAAAGAGGAGCGAGGAAGCUGUAAGGAAAAAGGAGCAAGAGAUCAGACUAGCCGUCACGUCUCCAAGAGUGCAAUCUGCUGUAGCACAACUCCACAUCUCCAACCAAGACUUCCCCAUAAAGUCCAUGACCAGGAGCUUAACCGAACCUAAGAAACCUGGUACCAUAUUUUAUAAGAGGGAGAAUUCACUCACUCAGUGGCCGUAUGAUUCCAAACCUCAGUCAGAAGUGAGCCAUCAUGCAGAGAUGCCCAAGGAGGAUGAUAUACAUCCCAUCAGGGUGUCUGAACUUAAGAAGCGGUUUGAGGCAUGAACCACACACUGGAACAAAAUGAUGUGUUGGCCAGUAUUUCUAUAGAGGUCAUUGUCUAUUGCAUACCAUGGAAGAACUUGUCAAAAGCCAUCAUUUUUCUGCAGAGCAAAACAAGAACCUCAUCUGUGGAUCUGGUUCUCUAUGUAACAAGGUUAAAAUGAAGAAAAAUUACAUAACUGUAAAAUUAGAAAACUUAACUGUAAAUGGACUAUCAUUUAAUACUUUUAUUUUCAAAGUGAGUGAAAAAGAAAUGUUAAUUGACUUUUAAUGAAACCUCUUAAAUGUUGUAUUGCCAAAAGUACAAUGUUGGCCCAAUGAGUUUUUUCCUCUUAAAAAAAAAAAGAAGAUAAAAUUGACUCAUCAUC